ACUUUUUUUCAUCGCUGAACCAAACAGGGUAAAUUCUCUCUCUCCAAAACCAUUUACUCCAAUCACACAACAUUGGGUUCAGUAUCGCACAUAGCCUCACACAGCGAAUCCUCCCUCCCAAAUCAAACCGCCCCUUUCAGAGCAUUCCGCCGCCCUACCUACUGCCCGGUCAUCCUCUCGCGAUCAAGUCAUCGGCCGUUUUCUCUCAUCAUCUCCUGUCCUCGUUCUCAGCGUUCACAGCGAUUGAAUGGGUCUUCUCACCAUCAUUAGAAAAAUCAAAAAGAAGGAAAAGGAAAUGUGAAUUCUUAUGGUUGGGUUGGACAAUUCUGGAAAAACUACAAUCGUUUUGAAGAUUAAUGGGGAGGACACUAGUGUCAUUAGUCCUACCCUUGGCUUCAACAUCAAAACCAUCGCCUACCAAAAAUACACUCUAAAUAUAUGGGAUGUUGGAGGCCAAAAAACAAUUCGAUCUUACUGGAGAAACUACUUUGAGCAAACAGAUGGUUUAGUUUGGGUAGUUGACAGUUCAGAUCUUAGAAGGUUGGAUGAUUGCAAAAUGGAGCUAGAUAACCUUCUAAAGGAAGAGAGACUAUCUGGAGCAUCCUUACUAAUUCUAGCAAAUAAACAAGAUAUUAAAGGUGCCCUUGCACCCGAUGAAAUAGCUAAGGUAAGCUUAAUUUUAUCCGGGUCUUUUUCUCUUACCUAAGUAACAUUGUAGGGAUUAUGACUAAAAAAAUACAUCAUGGUAUGCUGAGAAUUGACU